CGAGUGACAGCUUGACAGUGGAAGAAGAAAACAAGCAGAGGAGUGAAGCUGCGAGCGAACGGGGGGAACUUAUCCGAGAAAUCCGUCUCCAUCCUGACGUUUGGGGCAAUAAUGAACCCCAAAACAGGGAGAGCAUAAACUAGGCGUUUCACACUAUCGAGGGAUAGCGGUAUCAUAGACCUCCGGUGCUCAGAAAGAUAUAAAAGGGAUGGUGACAUUUGGAUUGUUAACGAAGCAAGUAGGAUUCUGAGGGAUAGGGGGAGUGUGAAUGAAGGGGGUCGUAAACCUGUUAAACAAGCUGGAAUGUUUACUGAGGUAACGAUUUAGCAUUUAGGGGAAGCAACAUUAGUUACUGAGGUCCGGACGAAGCCACAGAGAAGCGAUAAUUAGCGGCGACAUGGAGCUGAGAGUGGGGAACCGAUACAGACUGGGCAGGAAGAUCGGGAGCGGAUCCUUCGGGGACAUCUAUCUAGGCACUGAUAUUUCAGUGGGUGAGGAGGUUGCAAUUAAGUUGGAAUGUGUCAAGACCAAACACCCCCAACUCCACAUUGAGAGCAAGAUCUACAAGAUGAUGCAAGGAGGAGUGGGCAUCCCAACAAUAAAGUGGUGUGGAGCAGAAGGUGACUACAAUGUGAUGGUGAUGGAGCUGCUGGGGCCCAGCCUGGAGGAUCUCUUCAACUUUUGCUCCCGGAAAUUCAGCCUCAAGACAGUCCUGCUGCUUGCUGAUCAGAUGAUCAGUCGCAUCGAGUACAUUCACUCGAAGAACUUCAUCCACAGAGAUGUAAAGCCUGAUAACUUCCUGAUGGGACUCGGCAAAAAAGGCAACCUGGUCUACAUUAUUGACUUUGGCCUGGCUAAAAAAUACCGCGACGCCCGCACACAUCAGCACAUCCCCUAUCGCGAGAACAAGAACCUGACGGGCACCGCACGCUACGCCUCGAUCAACACGCAUCUUGGGAUUGAGCAGUCAAGGCGUGACGACCUGGAGUCCUUGGGCUACGUUCUCAUGUAUUUUAAUCUGGGUUCGCUCCCUUGGCAAGGCCUGAAGGCUGCUACCAAGAGGCAGAAGUAUGAGCGAAUCAGCGAGAAGAAAAUGUCUACUCCCAUUGAGGUGCUUUGCAAGGGAUACCCCUCUGAGUUUGCCACCUACCUGAACUUUUGUCGCUCCCUGCGCUUUGACGACAAGCCAGAUUACUCGUACCUGAGGCAGCUCUUCAGGAACUUGUUCCACAGACAGGGCUUCUCUUACGACUAUGUAUUUGACUGGAACAUGCUCAAGUUUGGAGCCAACCGUGCAGCAGAAGAAGCAGAGAGAGAGCGGCGAGAUCGAGAGGACAGGUUGAGGCAUGGCAGGAACCCAGGUACCAGAGGAAUACCUGCCGCAUCAGGACGACCACGAGGAACCCAGGAUGGAGCGCCGCCGACUCCGCUAACUCCCACCUCACACACAGCAAACACAUCCCCUCGGCAAGUGUCUGGUAUGGAGCGUGAACGAAAGGUCAGCAUGCGACUCCAUCGCGGUGCUCCUGUCAACGUGUCGUCAUCAGAUCUAACAGGGCGGCAGGACACUUCCCGCAUGUCAACCUCACAGAAUAGCAUUCCCUACGAGCAUCACGCCAAGUAGACGCUCGCCACGUCCUUGUGUGACGGCGGCAACACUGGAUGGUGUCUGGCGUGCCACAUGCUGGUCUCCAUCUACUAGCUCCUCGAUGAGCUGCCACAGUGCAACCUGGCAGAUCAAGCCCUGUUAACUCAAAAGCAAUCUGACACAAUAAUACUACCACAACCAUGACUUUGUAUGACUUCAGCCACAGCUGCACAGCUCUCAGUACCAUUGUUUUCACAUUUCCGUGUAUCGGUCUGACUUCCCAAGACAUUAAUGAGUGUUGGACUUCAGGACUGUUCUCUAUUCACUUUUCAGGAGAUAUUUGAAUAACCCCCUCCCAAACAACCACCCACCCACCCCCUUCCCCAUCAACAGAUUCAGAAUGGGCAAUCCAGGGCCAACAUGGCAACCCGGCAGUCUCUUCUGGGACACUGACUGGCUGAUGAUCUUUAAGUUAACACUACUGGCUCCUACUGGCUUCACACCUGCUCAGCACAGCAGCUUUUCUCUCCUUUUUCCAGCAAGGAGCGUCGAGCUAAACCAGCAGCUUUUAAUUUUAGCUAUACGUACGGGCAGAUUUGGGAUGCGUUGCUAUUUUUGGUAUUUGCAGUUUUCAUUCCUUCUCCUCAUCAGUCGGUUUUGCUGUUUUUAAUGAUCAUCACCACACACUUGAUUCACUCGAUGGCCAUUUGUGUUAAACAAAAAGAAGCGACUUCUUUGCAUGCGUUAGAGGCGAGCUUUCAGAAGCAGUCGUGAAUGCUCGAGCGCUAGUCGAACUCGUGAACGUACCAAAAAUACGCUUUGGUUGUGCAGGAGGUUGUGUAUUCACCCACUGAGCCCCGUUUGCUUUCCAGUGUUCUGUACAAAAGCAAGUGCACUAUGUUGGGGGUAAGGGCAUCGUCUGACUCAUUUUACCAAAUGCUCGUUCACUGUGUACAGAUCAACAUUUUUGCUUUCUUAUUUGUAUUAUUUUGAAGCUGUGAAACACUUGUAAUAUUGAUAUGAAAAUGUUUCCUGUUGUUUUAUUUUCACUGACCUUUAGGAAUGGGUCUGACCAUGACUUGUAAGCUUUGUGCAGAAGCCAAGCUGCUGCAAGUUUGGCCUAAGUGUAAUAGUCUGCCAUCAGUCUGCCCCUUAAGAGCCAUGGAGUUAAGAUUCUGUAUGACAUGCUUUCUCAGAGAGUCUUCUUCAACGUAUAUUGAAGUGAGAGUGGAGAAGGAAGCUGACCAUCAUCCUUUUACGGGCUUUUCCAGCAGUGGUGUGUUGGGAUUUUUAUAAUUAGCUCAUCUGACACUUGGCUAUAAUGAAUAACUGCUAUGUCUGUCAGAAUGAAAUGGCCUGUCGCGGUUCAUUCUUACUGCUGUUGAAUCUUUCUAGUUUGAGUUUGGACCCUUAACCUUCUCUGUUCUGCUGCUCUGUACUUUAAUUGAAUUAUGGAAGCAAUCAGAUCAGCCAGAUUUACUUUCUCACAUUUAUGUUUGCCACUGUAUUUGUGUACUUUAACUGUAAAUAAACGAGUCACUUGUA